CCACACUCGGCCUCCGGUCCCACUAUAAAGCAGCCCGGUUGCAAAGGGCGCCCAUUUGAGGGUGCAUCGCGCCGGCCGGCAGGGUGUGUGCUGUUUGCAGGAUUCCAAGAUGAGACGCACACUGCUCUGUAUCUGCGUGGUGGGCCUUCUGGCCCCGGCGCUGGCCGACACGGAGGCCGCCAAGGCAGCGGCGCCGCAGCCGCUGGCACAGGCUCUGGCCCAGGCUCGGGACGGCUCCUCACACGGUAGCCACGGGUCUGCGCACAGCGUGGGCGGCUCCUACAGCACCUCCGGCGGCGGAUCCUACAGCGCUCCCGCCCAGCCGUCCGGCGGCUACGACGCCCCGGCCUCCAGCCACGUCAGCUCUGGAUAUUCAGCUCCGCAGCAGCCCAGCUCCGGCUAUGACGCGCCUUCUUCGGGUGGGCACAGCUCUGGAGGAUACAGCCAGCCGAGCUCUGGUUAUGAUGCGCCUGUCUCUGGUGGAUACAGUUCUGGCGGCCAUAGCUCUGGAGGCCACAGCUCUGGAGGCCACAGCUCUGGCGGUUACAGCAAGCCCAGCUCAGGUUAUGAUGCGCCCGCCUCUGGAGGUCACAGCUCUGGUGGAUACAGUUCUGGCGGCCACAGCUCUGGAGGCCACAGCUCUGGCGGUUACAGCAAGCCCAGCUCUGGGUACGACGCGCCGAGCACGGGCGGCUACGGCGGCGGCUCGACCGGCAACCUGUACUACUACUACUACCCGGUGCAGGAGAAGCCGCAGGUGCACCGGUACCCGGUGAAGCAGUCGGGCGGCGGCGGUGGGCUGCUGGGCCUGCUGGGCGCCGUGCUGGUGCCGCUGCUGGUGCUGGGCGGCGCGCUGCUGCUAGCGCUCGUCAUCGGCUCGCUGGUGGUGGCCGGCACCGGCCGCUCGGCCGACCCGAUGGCCGCCUGGAAGGCCGACCUGGAGCGCCUGGUGGACGACUACCUGACCAUGCUGGAGGACGAGCGCUGCGUGCAGCGCAUCUUCUGCGAGGUCGGCCUGCGCGCGGAGCCGUACCGCUUCCCCGGCAAACAGCUGGUGGCCAGUUUGGUGGAGCAGUUUGCGCCAGAGAUGGUUCAAGAGAAUGCCUCCAUCUUAUCCAAGGCCUCAACUGGCAUCUACGACAAGCAGCAGUGCAAGAAAAUGUUCGCAUGCAAGUCCCGGCUCGGCGAUCAGGACUACUAAAAAGUCAGCUUAGCUAGAGAUUUAUGUUCUUGUGCAUCAUCGAAGGCUUUUGUUAAUUCCCUUACGCAGCUCUUGUCAUGUCACUGCUGCGCAUCCAAAGCUGCCAACUUUUAUCUUUUUCAUGAAACCACUUCAGUUAUAGAUCAGCUAGUGUAUUUAGGGAGAGGUGAAGCUCCCACAGCUCAAGCCUUGUAAAUGUUGUGAUUCGCUCCGGUGAGCGUUCCUUGAAGCAUCGCUCGUUGAUGUCCGACGCGAAGGCGUUGUUCGGUGACCAUUAAAGAGGCACCCGUUGUUGAUGUUGUUGUUGUUGUUGUGGCUGUUGUUGCAGUUGUGUCAUCGUCGCUAGUCGGAACCACGUCCCCGUGUUGCUGUUGUUGUUGUUGUUGUCAUGUAAUUGUUGCAUGUGCGUCUGGUCAGCCCUGCCAUGUUGUUCCGUCGCCACUUCGUUCUAUCCUCCAGUCCCGUCUAGCGGUGCUUUCAUGCUGCGUUAUGUGUCGUUACGUCUUGUGUGCCCGUACAAUAUGCCUGGUAUUUCUCUAUUUAUUUGCUUCUUCAUUAGCGCAGAUAGGAAGUCUUUGAAUGGCCAGUCACCUGUUUGGUCGGGAGCAUCAGUUGCUGCUUGAUAUUCGUCAUCAUGCAAUGUUCUUCAUUCUAUUUAUUUGUGUUAUUUGUUAUUUAUUACAUUGCCCACGCCAACACCAGAGGAAUAAAACAAUGAACAGCUUUCCUUA